AUGAAUCCGGAAGCCAUUCCUUUCAAGUCGGCUAUGACCAACAGUGCAAUCUUACACACUGCCUCCCAUGAGAGAACAAACGUUUUAUUGAAGACUGCUGUAGCCGAAGUUCUAUCCCAAAGUCAUAGUUCUUCCGCCAACAUUUUACUUGACGAGGGCGCACAGCGAUCCUUUAUUACAGAGGACCUCGCAAGGGUUCUACAUCUCCCUGUUACCGGACAUGAUACAAUUUCUCUGGCUUCGUUUGGUGGAAUGUCACAAGGGGUUCGGUCCAUACCUACAAGCGAGAUUUACCUGAAAAGCGAGACGAGGGAUUUGAUAAAACUGGAAGUUCUUGUAGUGCCAACGAUAGCAGUGCCAUUACAGAACAUACCCACAGAAAUACGUCAUUUGGAUUAUCUGAGAGGUCUGAAAUUAGCCCAUCCGCUCACAGAACACAACAACGAUCUGUUUGAAAUUUCGCUUCUGGUUGGUGCGGAUUAUUAUUGGGAUAUAGUUGAAGACCGAGUAAUCAGAGGCAACGGACCAACAGCGGUGAAAUCGAAGAUUGGUUAUUUGUUGUCGGGACCACUUCCGGUAUCAGGACAUCGAACCACUGACCUACACAUGCUGAAUGUCAUCAGCGCUCCACCAAGUACAUUUGAAAUGGAGAAGUUUUGGCAGCUUGAGUCUAUGGGAAUAUCUUCAGAAGAGUCAACAGACGGUACUUCCGGUAACCUUCAAGAAUACAUGUGCAACAGCAUUUCAUUCGAAGAUGGUCGGUAUGUGGCAAAAUUACCAUGGAGAGAUUACCACCCAACUCUACCAACCAACUACGAUAUAUGCAAGAGACGGACAGAGGCUACCAUACGCCGAUUAUCUCAAGAACCGGAAGUGCUAAAGACGUAUGGAGAGAUAAUCGCCGAUCAGCUUAAAGGAGGUGUCAUUGAGAAAGUUGACCAACAAGAAGACGAACACACAGUGCAUUACAUUCCACACCAUGGAGUGAAAAAGGACUCGGUAACUACACCAAUACGUAUCGUAUAUGACUGCAGUUGUCGCCAAUCUCGUGACCAACCAAGCCUCAACGACUGUCUUAUGUCCGCCCCACCUGAAUUGAAUGACCUUACGGGGAUUCUUCUACGGUUCAGGAUGCACAAAUAUGCGGUAGCCACUGAUAUCGAGAAGGCGUUUUUACAAAUUGGUCUUCAUGAAUCUGACAGAGACGUCACGCGCUUCCUGUGGUUGAGUGACCCGAGUGACCCGUGCAGUCCACUGACCACAUAUAGAUUCAGGACUAUUCUAUUUGGUGCAACAUGCUCGCCAUUCAUUUUAGGUGCCACAAUUCGCAAGAAUCUUGAACUAAACAGUAGUGAAUGGCAUGUCGUCAUACGGCGCGGUAGCAUACAUUUCCAGGGGUUUCGAGACCACGCUGAUGAUGUCAAAAAAUCGCGUCGCACCGUUGAAAAAGUUAACCAUACCGAGAUUGGAGUUAAUGGCGGCAGUGACAGGUGCCCGUCUGUGCCAACAUAUCAUACAACAGACAGGACUCUCCGAUGUGUACUUGUGGUCUGA